AUGACAACAAUAGCCACCCUCCAGCGCCUCACGGCGCCCAAACUGGCAGACAUGCUCCUCAAAGCCAAUCCCAGUAGCGCAGACAGCUCCCCGAUAGCCAUUGUGGACGUACGAGACGACGACUACAUAGGCGGCCAUAUACGCACCUCGAUGCAUUUCCCGUUACGCAGCAUCGACGCCACCAUGCCGACGUUACUUAGGAAACUGGCGGAUAAGGAGACGGUCGUGUUUCAUUGCGCGUUUAGUCAGCAGAGAGGGCCCGGGGCGGCGUUGAGGUAUUUGAGGGAGAGGGAGGCUAUGCCGCAGAAGAAGACGGGCGAGGAAGAGGGGGUAAACGAAGCGAAGGGAGAGAAGAAAGAGCAGAAGGUGUAUGUUCUGGAUCGCGGGUUUGUUGGGUGGCAGGAGGAGUAUGGUUCUGAUGAGAGGUUGACGGAGGGGUAUCGGAAGGAUUUGUGGAAGGAUGGUUAUUGGGGAUGA